AACCUUUUCCCUGUUCAGCUUUCUCCUCUCUAUCCAGAACAGACAAACAGCCUGCAGGCCUCCACCAUGUCUUACCUGUCUCGUUCUCAAAAAGUCUCUGCGGUCUCUCGUUAUCCCACGAGGUCCUCCGGCAGCAUGUGCGGUGGUGCUGGCGGCACUGGGAUUCGCAUCUCCAGUGCCUACAACCCUAGAUUGAUGUCUGCCGUAUCAGGAUACUCCGCCAGUGGUGGAGCAGCAGGCUUCAACCUGGCCGACGCCGUUGACAUCUCUGACAACAAGAAGGCCACCAUGCAGAACCUGAAUGACCGUCUGGCCUCCUACCUGGAUAAGGUCCGCAACCUUGAGAUGGCCAACGCUGAGCUGGAGCUGAAGAUCAGGCAGUUCCUGGAGAGCAAGGUCCAGCCAGAAGGUCACGACUGCUCUGCCUUCAAGGCUGUCAUCAGCGACCUUCAGGACCAGAUCCUUGAUGCCACUCGUACAAAUGGAGCGCUCUACCUGGCUAUUGACAACGCUAAGCUGGCUGCAGAUGACUUCAAAGUCAAGUACGAGAACGAGCUGGCCAUGCGUCAGGGAGUGGAGGGAGACAUUGCCGGGCUGAAGAGACUCCUGGAUGAGCUGACUCUGUCCAGAUCAGACCUGGAGAUGCAGAUCGAGGGUCUGAAGGAGGAGCUCAUCCAUCUGAAGAAGAACCACGAGGAGGACCUGCUGGCUCUGCGUUCCCAGAUGGGAGGUCAGGUGAACGUGGAGGUGGACGCUGCUCCUCAGCAGGAUCUGUCCGCUGUCAUGGCUGGAAUCAGAGAGCACUACGAGACCGUCGCCACCAAGAACCGCAGGGACCUGGAGGCCUGGUUCCAGGCUAAGACAGACGAUCUGAACAAAGAGGUUGCUGUCAGCACUGAGACGCUCCAGUCAUCACGCAGCGAGGUCACAGAGGUCAAACGUUCCCUGCAGAGCCUGGAGAUUGAGCUCCAGGCUCAGCUCAGUAUGAAAGCUUCCCUUGAAGGAACCCUGGCAGACACCCAGAACAGGUAUGCCAGCAUGCUGGCAGGCUACCAGAGGCAAGUCGGCGCACUGGAGGAUCAGCUGGCGCAGCUGAGGGCCGACCUGGAGCGGCAGGGCCACGAGUACCAGAUGCUGCUGGACACAAAGACCAGGCUGGAGAUGGAGAUCGCCGAGUACAGGAGGCUGCUUGAUGGAGAGCUGUACAGCCCUGCUGCAUCAUCCCGUAAAGUGAUGAUUGUCACCAAAGAGAUCGUGGAUGGAGAGGAGGUCAGCUCCGAGGCUGUGACUACAUCUGACUGAAACACACCUGGUGUCAUUUCAUAACACGAGACAUCUUCCCAUUUGUGCUGCCAUCCGUUCUCAGAAAUCAGCAAAUAAAUAAAGCACUUCUGAUGAACUGA